AUGAGUUCUAACUCAAAUACUCAAACAUUUCAACCUGUAGGAAAAGCAUUACCGAGAGAGAUUAUCAAAUGGAUUCAAGGGCUUGAUUUAAGUUAUUCGGUUAAAGAUCCUAGGAGGUAUAGACUAUUAUUGAUAACUUAUAUAGAGAUUUGAGUAAUGGUUUUUUGAUAGCUGAAAUAUUUUCUCGUUAUUAUCCUGGCAGAGUUUAAAUGCACUCUUUUGAUAAUUCACAAAAAGAUGAAAGAAGAUUGAACAAUUAUAAGCAAUUAGAGCUCUUCUUUAAAAAGAAUGAUAUAGUGGUUCCGAAUCAUAAAGGAUUUGCUGAGAUUUUAGAUAAUGAUUGGAAUGCACUUUAUAACUUUCUAGUGAGCAUUUAUAGUUUCUUAACUUAAAGAAAGUAUUGAGUUUGUUUAAAUAAGGGUUAUCAAUCCUCCUUUGGCAUCUUAUGUGAAUUCUAAAGAAUUUGCUACAUCAACCCAAAAUACAUAGACAUUCUUAUUAAAAGAAAAGGGAAUAGAGAAAUUGCAAGAAGAGCAGAAACAGGAAGAUUAAUUCUAAAAAGAAUAACUUUCUGAAAAACAUGCUCCAUUGUCGGUUUCAUCUAAAAGAACUAAUUUUAUGAGAGUUCCAAGCAAACCAAUCAGUUAAAAUUUAGAGAACCUAAACUACUAAAUUGAAGUCAAAAAUAUCAGUUACAGACCUGUUUAAGGGAGUUUGUUGAAGUUGAAAGAGGAACAAUAAUAGUAAGAAAAGCAAUAGGAAAAGCUGAAUUCAAACAACGAUAGACAGAUAUAGGAUUCCUUUUAAAAAACGCCGAUGGAUGAAAACAAGAGGGAAGCCACAUCAACAAGAGAAAAACAAUUAGAUAAAUCCAUCUAUGAUGUAUGAAUUUUAGACAUAUUUAGAUUCUAAAUGAAGCUCUAUCAUAAAGAUAAUAAUUUCCUUAGUUUGUAUAAACAGUUUAAUUCAAAUAGAAUGCAACAGCUUUAUAAAGCUUUAUAGACUUAAUUGAUAUAUAUCCUGAUGAUUUUGUCAAUGGAUUCUUUUAAGAAUUGAUAACUUAGAAAGAAGCAUAUAUAAAUUUCAUAUUUAAAGAUACGAAUGAAGUAUGGAAAUUUUUUAAAUUUACUUUUUAAUGUAUCUAAAAUUUACCAGUUUAAAGAGUUCAUGUUUGUAUAGAUUUGGUUAAUCAAUUUGGUGCGAGAUCAUUAUAAAAGGAUGCUUUGAAAACAAGAUCCCUAUUCUUGGAAUUCUUUUUACCAGAAAUAUGUAUUCUAAUAAAAUAGAGUGUCUUCUUUGAAAAGAAAUAAUUACUAAUUUAAAUGAUAUGUUCCUUUUAAGAACCUAUGUUUAAAUAGUAGGUUAUCUAAACAAUGAAGUCGAAUUUAUCAGUAGAACAUUUUAUGUAAUGUUUGGCUGUCUUUUCAAGUUUUGAAUAAGAAUCAUCAGAAUUGUGGGCUGAAAUGAAACGAUUUGGUUAUAUCUAUUUUUCAUCAUCCUCAACAUCUUUGAGUUCAAGUGCUUUAGCAAUUUUAUGCAAUGCAGCUAAAGCUAAUUCUUAAGUGAAAAUUGAUAAACAUGUCAUGGCUUUGGCCAAGAAUAGAUGGUGGCAAAAUCGUUGUCUAUGUGUUAUAUUAUUUAGUGAAAUGAUUAGAGCAGUUAUCAAAACACCAAAUUACUAAAAUUUAAUUAAGUCUCCUUAACAGGGAUAGAAGUUCUUUUCCAUUGAAAAUGACAGAAUUAUUUCUGACUUAAAAGCAUAAGUUAAUCAUUUUUCAAAAGGAAUAGAAAUAGCUUCCUUACCUAUAGAUUCAGAUAUCCUUAUGACUCAAUCCUUGAUUCAUAUCGUGGAUUUAUUGGGAGAUAGCAAAAUCUUAUUAGAAUUGUUCGUAAAGAUCAUUCUUGAAGUAUCUCAAGAGUCAAGACAAUGGGCUUUAUUUAGUCAAGAUUAGCCAGAUGAAUAUGAUUUCUUUAUCCCUUCUGAUAAAAGCUUUAAAUUCAAAUUAAAUAUCAACUCUUAAUAUGUAAAAUAAGUUUCAUUUUCUAUCCUAUUGCAUUUAGUUGAAUUAGUAAUAAAUUGAUUAUUAUCUUAUAGCUCAAUACAUAGAAGUUGUUAAAUCUACCAUUAGGUCAUUUUGAAUUGCUACAUUGGUGCUUCUAAAAUACAGACUUCAAAAUAUAGAAUAUGGAAUCAUGUGAAUAGAUUGCUAAGGUAACAAAAGAAUAUGUUUAUUUGGGAUUGAGUGAUCCCACUAUUUUAUUGUAUGCUAAUGAUUUAGCAAAACAAUUGCUUGAUUUAUAAUUUAAAGCAGAAGUAUAGAUUGAAAAUCAUGAUAAAAUAUUUGCAAACAGUAUAAGAUUAGCGUUGAAAGCAGAGAACGAUUAAGUAUUAAACAACAUUGUUGAAUUUAUUGAAAACUUGGUUGCAGAAUCAGGACAAAGUGCUUCAGAUGGAUUAAAGAAGUAAAAAUAAGUCUAAAAUGAUUAGUUUUAUAAGAAGUGUUUAUGAUGAAUUGGAUUAGAUGAACCCAUCACCAUUAUCGAAUCCUAAGAUUUCUAAAUGCUUUGAAAGAGUGAAUGAUAGACCAUACUAGUCACCACAUCCAGAUGUUUCAGAUGUUUAAAUGUAAGAUGAAUAGUAAUCUGAUUUUUAAUAUUGA